AUGAGGUUUUAUCGGUGUCUGUUUGUUCUCUUGGCUCUGCUCGUGAUUGGGUUGCACGCCGCAGAGGUGGAAUCAUAUGAGUUUCCUUCUUGUGCAAUGACUUGCGACGAGCAACUAUUUUCUGACUGCUCUCUCAACAACACGUCAUGCUUUUGCGCUAGUAGUUCGCGUUCAACCUCACUAUUGGACUGCGUUUCAAGCAACUGCACCGUGAAGGAGUAUUUUACCACAUAUAAACUAUAUGAGAAAGAGUGUGACAUCACCCCGCUUCAAGGCCCUCCUAUGGUCAAUGCUGCAACAUUGAUUCCCUUUAUUCUGGGCACUUUCUUCUUCAUUACAAGAAUCAUCGCCAAGAGCAGCGGUCUCGCAGGUGGAUGGGGAUGGGAUGAUUAUACCAUUAUCGUGGCCUUUAUCCUAGGGGUUGCCAUCUAUGCUCUCAACUGCGCGAUGAUUCGUUAUGGCUUUGGCCAAAAUAUCUGGGAUGUGCCCUUCGACGACAUCACCAAGUUCUACCAGCUUUUCCAAGGACUCGCUGUGAUGUAUAAGAUUCAAAUUUCCCUCGCAAAGAUUUCCGUGUGCCUCUUCCUCCUCCGGAUCUUCCAGACCCGCUCGUUUCGAUAUGUUGCAUACGGCCUCAUUGUCGUCAACGCUGCCAUAGGCAUUACAUGGGCCUUAGUGGAUUCCUUCCGUUGCUUGCCUACCCGUCUGACAUGGACUGGCUGGAUGGGCGAGGAAUCGGGACAAUGCAUCAAUUUCAUCGUCUCUAUCCUGAUCAACUGCCUGGUCAAUAUCUUUGUUGACUCGGUUUUGAUCCUGAUGCCGGUAUGGGAGGUGAUCAAGUUGCAGUUACCACUGAAGAAGAAGAUUGCCGUGGCAUUGAUGUUUGCUGUAGGAUCAUUGCUAACCAUCAUCGCCAUUAUCCGAGUCGUUGUAUUCUGGAACAAUCGCUGGGGUAUCAAUCAAACAACCGGAUUGUACCCUUUGAUCCACUGGUCCGUGAUUGAGGUUCAGAUCUCCGUCAUGUGUGCCUGCUUGCCUGCAUUCAGAGCCCUCGCUGGCCGCUGGUUCCCAAGCUUGCUUGGAUCUGCCCGCCGAACAUACGCUUCGCACACGAUGGAAGGGUACAACAGACAUACCGGGGGAAACAGCAACAUCAACAAGUCUAUCAGCUAUUCGGUGAAUUACGCCUCCCGAUCGGAGAAUAGCGUGGUAGAGUUGGUGGAUGUCGAUGCGAAGCAGCGUCCAUGA